CGUUUUCUGCAUUCAUUCGUUGAUAUAAAUGGUGAUCUGAGUGCCGAAAUAAUAUUUGGCACAAAACAGGAUGGUCGUUUGAAAAUGGAAGCUUGGCGACGCAAAUCAAAUGAACUAUGGGAACUGGAUAAUACAUUGAUUGCUGAUCUACCGGCCGAAUCGUGUAGCACAAAUUACUUUGGCGCUGUAUUGUUCGCCGAUUUUGAUGCUGAUGGUACCAUGGAUAUUGGCCUACCAUGUUGUGCGGAUGCGGCGUGCCGAAAAGUCCUUGUUAUCAAUAUGUGGAAUUAUCAUAUUGGCGCAUGGCAGGAUUUCCAUAUCACAGGGCUCGAGGGAUCUGAUUUGGUAUCGAAAAAAGAUGAAGGGAAUGUUGUUUUUCGGGUUGGUGAUUUUUCCCUGGAUGGAUACCCAGAUUUGAUAGCACUUGUCCGAGAGAAAACACAAAAUCCAAUGAUUCUGGAGAAUGUACCAUGCACCGAUUGCAUAUCAAAUGCUUCAAGGAGAUUUGAGCUGCGCACAAGCCCACGGCUCAUACAACCAGCCGAUGUUUCACUGGGACAAAUUCAGCUUGCAUCAUUUUUUGAUCUGAAAGAGGAUGGAACCCUGGAUGUAUUGCUGGAAUAUAAAGAUGCGGAUCAGAGUAUGGCUGUUGAUUUCAUCAAAUGUGAAGAUAAGGGUGAUACAACGUUUCUCAAAGUACAAGUGUUCUCAAGCACUUGCGAUCAGUUCUGCAGCUCGACGAAAACCAAAAUUGGAAGUGGUAUUGCCUGGCACGGUGCUUGCGUAAUGUUCAGUAUGUCGGAUUCGUGGGGCCACGAUCAGGUUGGAUCGCAGUGUCAAAUGCCACAGACAACUCAUCGCGCUCUUUCUACACCAUUCUCCUUGUUUGGUUUAGGGCGAUCCCCAAAUUUCGUUGAUUAUGGUAAUAUUUUUUGGAUUUUUUAGCU